AGAAACUCGUCAAACGCAUACGUUUUGGGGACAUACCAAUGAAUCUGGAGCGCGACGCAGCGAGCUGGAAUAAGGUCACUGCAAAAAUCUCCUACGUUCUGACUCAGCUUCGGUCAAAGAUCAAAAAGGCGAUUCAAGCCAGCCUCAAUGAAGUCGAAGAUGAAGACGAUCGGGAGACAAAGCCUGGCCCUGCUGAAACUCAUACACCAAUUUACGAUCUCGCGCAGCAGAUCGUGGCGAAGUACGACAUCCGGGUUACUGCUGGGUUUUGUGCCCGUCUCGCUGUGAUGCGUCAGGUUUAUCUCGAAGGCAUGGAAGGAGACUUCUGGGAGGCCGUCGACGAGCGAUUGGAGACAAUCCGUAGCGCGGCGGAUGGCAGUAAAGAGAAACAGGAGAAAGCCCUGAAGCAGAUCCUCAAGAAAGAUCGAGAGUUGCAUGGAGCUCGAACAACCGAGCAAAUCAAUGAGAUGCCGUGCACAUUCCAAGACGAAGUAGAUGAAGCACUAAGGAAGGAAACGUGAUGGCGCGUUUGGAACUGCACAUUAAGUGCACGGUAAACGUCUCCAAUGUAAUAGUAAUACCUGUUGUGGGUGCGAGUAUAAUAUCAUUGCGUUUUAUUU